GUGCAGGAAAGGAGAUGUUAGGAAAUAAGAUGUUGAAGGCCUCUCUCAACCAUAUCUCAUAAAUGCUCCAUCUACUUAGUAUAUAGUAUAUAUAGAGUUAGUAGCUAGUUCAAGUGAGCUAUCACAAUUGUAUACUAGUCAUUAAACAAGAUACUAAACCAAAUAUAUCAAAGAUAUGGGGAAGGUAUCUUUUGGGUUUUUGAGUUUGAUGCUUGUAGUCGUGGUGAUUGGGGUUGUGGAGUGUAGGAGAUUUGAGAAGGAGACGUUGGGAGGCGGUGGACUUGGCUUUGGUUUUGGUGGCGGCAAAGGUUUUGGAGGAGGAAUUGGUGGCGGUGGAGGUGCCGGUGGAGGUUUUGGUGGUGGUGUAGGAGGAGGCCAUGGUGGCGGUUUAGGAGGUGGCAUUGGUGGAGGCCACGGUGGAGGUAUUGGUGGUGGGGCUGGAGGUGGUGCCGGUGGAGGAUUAGGUGGUGGUGGCGGACUUGGAGGAGGCCACGGUGGAGGUAUUGGUGGAGGUGCCGGUGGUGGUCUAGGAGGUGGUGCAGGAGGCGGUGUCGGUGGAGGACUAGGAGGAGGUCACGGUGGAGGUAUUGGCGGUGGUGCUGGAGGAGGUGCUGGUGGAGGACUAGGAGGAGGCCACGGUGGAGGUAUAGGUGGUGGUGCUGGUGGUGGUUUAGGAGGUGGUGCAGGAGGCGGUGCUGGUGGAGGACUAGGAGGAGGUGCUGGUGGUGGUCUAGGAGGUGGUGCGGGAGGAGGUGCUGGUGGAGGACUUGGAGGAGGCCACGGUGGAGGUAUUGGCGGUGGUGCAGGAGGAGGUGCUGGAGGUGGUGGAGGUAUUGGCGGUGGCGCUGGUGGAGGACUAGGAGGAGGCCACGGUGGAGGCAUUGGCGGUGGUGCUGGAGGAGGUGCUGGUGGUGGUCUAGGAGGAGGACAUGGUGGAGGUAUCGGAGGUGGCGCAGGUGGUGGUAGUGGUGGAGGAUUAGGCGGCGGUGCUGGAGGAGGAUUUGGUGGUGGUGCUGGGGGAGGAUUCGGAGGAGGCGCUGGUGGAGGAGCUGGCGGAGGAUUCGGUGGUGGCGCAGGCGGGGGUCACGGUGGAGGUUUCGGCGGGGGAUUUGGUGGAGGAUCAGGCGGAGGAUUUGGGGGUGGUGCAGGUGGGGGAGCUGGAGGAGGAUUUGGCGGUGGUGGUGGUGCAGGUGGUGGAUUUUAAAAAUUUGAAGUAAUUAAAUAUUCAUACAAAAUCUCUUCUUAGCUUGAACUAAGCUAGGGCUACUUACUUAUGUGCUACGUGACAUGAAAAGCAAGUACAUUAUAUUUUCUUUGUGAUUCAUUAUUUACAUGUAUGAAUAACCAUAUAAAUAAACCCUAUUCACAAAUCA